AUGGGGCUCCUGCCCAAGCCCGGCGCGCGACAAGGCAGCGGCGCCUCCUCGGGCUCAGCCCGCCGCUGUCCCGGCUCUAUCUUCAGCAACAUUAAGGUGUUCGUGCUCUGCCAUGGCCUCCUGCAGCUCUCCCAGCUCCUGUACAGCGCCUACUUCAAGAGCAGCCUCACCACCAUCGAGAGGCGCUUUGGUCUCUCCAGUUCCUCCUCAGGUCUCAUUUCCAGCUUGAAUGAGAUCAGCAACGCCAUCCUCAUCAUCUUCGUCAGCUACUUUGGCAGCCGGGUGCACCGUCCUAGGCUGAUCGGCAUUGGGGGUCUCCUCCUAGCUUCGGGUGCCUUCAUCCUCACGCUCCCACACUUCCUCUCAGAGCCCUACCAGUACACCGUGGCCAGCGCCGGGAACAGCAGCCUCUUCCAUGCAGAGCUUUGUCAGAAGCAUUGGAAGGAUCUGCCCCCCAGUAAGUGCCACAGCAGCACCCAGGACACCCGGAAGGAGACCAGCAGCAUGUGGGGUCUUAUGGUGGUCGCCCAGUUGCUGGCAGGCAUUGGGACAGUGCCCAUUCAGCCAUUUGGGAUCUCCUAUGUGGACGACUUCUCGGAGCCCAACAAUUCGCCCCUGUACAUCUCCAUCUUAUUUGCCAUCUCCGUAUUUGGACCGGCUUUUGGGUUCCUGCUGGGCUCUGUCAUGCUGCAGAUCUUUGUGGACUAUGGCAGGGUGAACACAGCCUCAGUUAACUUGAGCCCCGAAGACCCCCGAUGGAUUGGAGCCUGGUGGUUGGGCCUGAUCAUUUCCUCGGCCUUAUUGGUUUUCACCUCCUUCCCUUUUUUCUUCUUUCCUCGCACAAUGGCCAGAGAAGUGGAGAGGUCUCCUGCCAUAGCAGACGAGGCGAGGAAGAUGAAGGUCAAGCCAAGAGGCUCCCUGGUGGAUUUCAUUAAACGGUUUCCCCGCAUCUUCCUGAGGCUCCUCAUGAACCCGCUCUUCAUGCUGGUGGUCCUGGCGCAGUGCACCUUCUCCUCCGUCAUCGCCGGCCUCUCCACAUUCCUCAACAAGUUCCUGGAGAAGCAGUACGGCGCCUCCACGGCCUAUGCCAACUUCCUCAUCGGUGCUGUGAACCUCCCCGCGGCGGCCUUAGGGAUACUGUUUGGAGGAAUCCUCAUGAGGCGUUUUGUUUUCUCUCUGCAAACCAUUCCCCGGGUGGCUGCCACCAUCAUGACCAUCUCCAUUAUCUUGUGUGCCCCUCUCUUCUUGAUGGGAUGCUCCACCCCGCUCGUGGAAGAGGUCUACCCACCUAGCACAUCAAGUUCUAUACAUCCGCAGCCUCCCGCCUGCCGCAAGGACUGUGCGUGCCCGGAUUCCAUCUUCCACCCUGUCUGCGGAGACAAUGGGGUAGAAUACCUCUCCCCGUGCCAUGCGGGCUGCAGCCACAUCAACAUCAGCUCUGUAGCCUCCAAGCAACAGAUCUAUUUGAACUGCAGCUGUGUGGUCGGGGGAUCUGCUUCAGCAAAGACAGGAUCGUGCCCCAUCCCCUGUGCCCACUUCCUGCUCCCGUCCACCUUCCUCAUCUCCUUUGUGUCUCUCAUCGCCUGCAUCUCCCACAACCCCCUCUACAUGAUGGUCCUGCGGGUGGUGAACCAGGAGGAAAAGUCGUUUGCCAUUGGGGUACAGUUCUUGCUAAUGCGUCUGCUGGCCUGGCUGCCAUCUCCAGCCCUCUACGGCCUCACCAUCGACUACUCCUGUAUCCGGUGGAACUCGCAGUGCUCUGGGCAGCGAGGGGCCUGUGCCUACUACAACAACGAUGCUCUCCGAGACAGGUACCUGGGCCUGCAGGUGGGCUACAAGGUGCUGGGCACGCUGCUGCUCUUCUUCGUCAGCUGGCGGGUGACCAAGAACAAGGAGUACAACGUGCAGGAGAAAGCUGCCGGCCUCAUCUGAGUCUUGGCCCCUGGCCGGGCACCUCCCGGCUUGAGUGCGGGCCUGCCCUUUCAUGCCUGCCUGUAUUUACUAAUGUUAAUAUGUCAUUUCCUUUUCGUUUUUUAAAUAAGAAAACAACCCCAGUCACCAUCUGCUUUCCUUGCCUCCUCCCAAAGGCCCCCACUCAGGGUUCCUUAGGGCCGCUGUGCUCCUGGGCGGGGUGGGCACACGGCUGCAGGGCUGGGUUUUCACUGGCUCCUUGGGAGAGUUCCCAUGUGCCCACGGGCUCCUCAGUGCUGGGCCCUCCAGUGAGGCAGCCUCCGUCCCUUGCCAGGCCUGUGGGGGGUGGUUUCCUAAAUGGAGAGAGAAAAGGGGUGUCUGUCCAGAGAAAGAAAGGAGUGGGCUGAGUGGGCUAGAGGAUGGGGGAACCUGGCUGUUGCCCCCUUUGAAUCGGUUCAGAAUCAACAUAGCACCCAAGAGGGGCUGGCUCCCCUCCUCUCAGACCCUCGCUUCCUGCCUCAAGAGGUCAUUUUGGAAGCUGCCAUGUAGGGAAGUAGGGCAAGCUGGUCCCCUCCAGUUACCCACACUCAGGCACUAGAGCAAGGACCAGGACACCCCGAGAAUGACUCAUCCAAACACUGUUCAUAUGAAUUCUAGACCCUUCUGUACAUGGGUCUGUGCAUGUUUGUCUCUGUCUUUCUGGGAGUACAUUUCAAACUAAGGAAGCUGCACCAUGGUGAAGACCUGAGGAAGGCUGUGAGGUGGUCAUGGUGCCCAACCUCCCAUCCCCACAGUGUGGGGCAAGACUCCUCAUCUCAGAGUGGUCUGAAGACCCUCUCCAAGUUUCCCUGGGAGCAAUGAGGCGGCUUCACACGGGCUUCCCUGUCUGGACUUCAGAUACCACAGAAUAAAGAGAAGCAGCCCCGGAGGUUAGCAAAACAAGUGACAAAGCUGAGGGAAGGUCCAGUGCUGCCAAGCUGGAUGGUGAGCCACAGUCCACAAAACAGAGGCUGGUGAGGUUGGCUUUCGUGGUUUCAAACACUUGUUUUCAGUUUUCUCUCCUCUUCUUACGGCCUCCGGAGGUGGUGCCCUCUAUGGGCCUGAGUUGAGAGACAUUGCAGCUGUGUGGCAGAGGUUCAGAGUUAGAAGCCAACAAAGGAGGCCUUUCAUCCACAGAUAUAUUUAUUGGACUUUGUACAAGGCAGUGCUAAUGCACGGUUCUCCACUGAGCUUCCCCGAGAUCCCACCUGGCCUCUCUCCAUCUACACUAGGGGCUCCUCCCAGAGUGUGCUGGGUGGGCACUGGUGGGAACAGGGAAGGCACAGCAAAAACCCAGAGACUGUCAACAGGAUCUUGACCAUCCAUGCCCCAAGACUGACCCUGUUCCUGGCCCUUUGCCAGACAGAGGCCUGGCUGAACUGCAUCUUCUGGAGCAACUGGGCACUGGUCAUUGCCACAUGUGGAUCUCCUGAGUGCCAUUCCUCAUGGAAGACUCCUCCAGAAACAUAUCAGAAGCCACCUCUGGAAAGGCCAAAAUAUGUAUGUCAAUGGCCAAACUGCCAUGAGACUGAACUCUGUGAAAGUCACGGUUACCGAGGCCUCAUUUCCAAAGCCACCCACCUUAUUUCCAAAGACCUCACCCAGGAAGCGAAGCUCCAUGCAACCUCAGGGGCCAGUUUCAGCAUUUAAAAUGGCCCCACUUAGAAACCAAUUCCCUGCAACUAACCCUGAUCUUUCUUGCUGCAAUUUAACCAAAUUCUGAAGUCACUGCCUUCAGCUGAACUCACGAACAGUGAAUGCCAACCUUCAGAUUCUGAAAGAUCGGUUGUCCUCCCAAACCUUUAUUCUAUUAUGAUAUUGCUAUUAAUAUAUUAUAAUUUUGCUAUUGAUA